GUUUCUGGAAGCCACGAGGGCAGUGUGGUGGAGAGCCAGCUGGUGGUGAGCCUGGGAGGCAGCCGGAACACAGAGCCGUCUGGUGUCAACUUCACCCUCACCACGCCACUCACUCACUUCCAGAAGUUUGGAUUUGAUUUCCACAAGUCCGGGGGUGCAGACAGCCUCUACUCUGCUGGGAUUGAGCUUGAUGAAUUUAAGAUUCUUGGCGAAGCCCGGCUGAGUGAUCCAUCCAACCUGCUGCUCAAGGUGGAGUACGAGGGCGGAGAGGAGUGUUCCUCCCGCCUCCACCUGCAGCACAGCCAGCGGGAGCAGGAGUACUUCAGUCUGGCCAGCCUGGCGCUGACGCAGGCCAGCAAGCCUUGGGAGCUGGUACUCAACACCUCCCUGGACCACUCCAGCCACAGACAGUUCCUGGACACAGAGCUUGGCCUUCAGGCACCGGUGAUGCCCAAUCCCUUCCAUUUCCACGGUCUGUACAAUGUGACGGAGGACGAGGUGAACCUAGAGAUGCAGACAGAGUUUGGGGAGAGCUUGUCUGUAAUAUAUCAAGGUAAGAAAGAGUUUUCUUGGAAGAGACACUUACUCCACGGCCUUGGCAAGGUGGAGGCCUCGUGGAUCGAGCCACUUGCCGUCAACAUGACUUACGACCACACCCUGGGAGGCAUCAAUAUCAAUGUUGACUUCCAAAAUGAGGGAGACUACAUAUCCUCCUGGAGCACUGAGUUCAGCAGUGAAUACUCAUCUCCUGAAGACAUCAAGGCCAGCUUCUACCUCACCCACCCUGAACUCCAGAUCACAAUGCAGAUGGUGCACAACCAGAGCCAGAACAGCUGGAGGCAGCAGCUGGACGGCUCCAUCAACACCUUCACCGUCACCUACAACGCAAACACUAGGUGGAACCAAUACCUCGUCCCAACCAAGGCUGAAGGAAGCCUUUCACUCUUCAACUUCUUUGACCACAGCUUGGACCUGUCACUGUCCCACCUGGAAGAGUCCUCAACACACAAGACACAAAUUACUGGCACGUUUGAUGACUACAACAUUGGCCUGGAGCACCAGCUGAGCCUCCAGCUGGCUGACGGGGGCUGGCAGGACUCCUUGAAGGUCUCUCUGAGGGACAUUGGUGCCACCACUGGUGGUGUCAGCCUCAUAACAAACACUUUUGUGGCUUGGCCAGCCAUGAACUCCUCCCUGGAGUUUGAGUCUCCCUGGAGUGACAGUGUUAGUGCCACCUUUGUGGUGCAAGAAGUGAACAUGACAACAAGCUUCAAAUUAGAUGCCCUUCACAAGGACCAGUCUCUCUUCUCAGGCCAGGUAGUGUUUGACGGCUGGCCGUCUUACACCCGCUCCAACAUAGAACUCGAGGUGAUGGCUGUUUUCAUGGAUGAACUUAAUCUGAAACUGCAGCAUGACUUUAGUUCUGGAAAUCUUAUUUUUGGAGACGUGGUUUAUGGCUCUGAUGUCCACGUGCAGCUUGGCAGUCACCUGGAAAUGGAGGUGAGCUGGUACGGGCAGGACUUUGUGGCUUAUUCCUUCAAUGCCACCUCAACAUUAAAGCAACUGGACGUGGACUUCAAGAGUGUAGCAACGCUAGACCGCCACCUCAAUGGAACUUUGGAAGGUCACUGGAAUGAGAACUCUCUGUCUGUUAACUCAUCAGUGAAAAGUGGCAAGAUUCUGGAAGUUGAGUUUAAGAACACUGAUGUAAACUAUCUUUCUGAACUGACUUAUGAGCUUGGAGAUGAUGUUCUGUUUACUCUUAACUUUUCUCUUCUUGGAGAUGGUGAGAAGUUAAUCCUCUUCAAUACUGUUGUUGAAUCCAUCCAUCCAAAGCUUGAUGCCACACUCACACUCAAAUUAUUGGCCGACACAGACCAUGAAAGUCACGGCACAAUAGUGGUGACAGCGGACCUCUCCAAGCUCAAGAAGUAUGCCCUCCAGGGAAGGCUGGAGCUGGAGUCCGACCUGUUGACCUCAAAGGAGUAUGGGGGAAAGUUAGAUCUUGACCUCAGCUUUCUCAGUGACCUCAACUGGAAGGCUGUUGUAGGGACCUCAGUGUAUGGAGGGGAGUGGGACAUCAGGAGUGACUUCAACAGUUCCCUUGAGGUCAGUCAGGGGCUAAGUUUUGAAUUUGGUGCAGGAUAUCACCUUCUGCACGGCAACCAAACAUUUGACCUGAAGGACAUGAACGUGGUGGUGAGUGCCAAGAGUGGCUCUGCCUACGAGAUGAGAGUUAUCCUCCACCCUGACCACACUGGGCCCCCGUGGUCCCUGGCUGUCAUCUACAACCCUCGCUUCAGGACGCUGAAAGGCUUCCUCAGUCUUGCUGCUUACGGCAAGUACGAGUUAUCCCUGCGGCUCUCCACCAAGACGCUCACCAUGGAUGCUCACAAGGUGAACGAUGACGAUUCCAAGUGGCAGAUAGUUGAGGGAAAUAUUAACUGGAUUAUAAAGAAAACAAAACAGCUUGUCACCCUCAAUAUGAAGUCUGACAUUCCUGCCAUUUCCAAAAUCACGGGCAAGGUAAUCAUCCAGGAGAAGCGAGACUUGGCCGUCAUAGCGACGCUCAAAGUGAACGACGACCAGUUUCUCGGCAACUUCCGGCUGAGCACCCCAGAGCCAGGGAAGUCCUUCCGCCUGGACGUAAAAGUGGACAACAGUAUCGUUCAAGCAUUCGAGUCCGAGGUGACGGUGGAGUGUUCCUUUGAUCAGAGUGGCUUCUCCUUCAGUAUGAAAAUUGACUUAAAUCAAGUGAGUGACUGGAUUCAGGGAAGUGUCAAGUUCAGUGUCCCAGAAUCCUACCUCAAGUUGAAGACACCGUUCUCACUCCUGGAGUCCUUCAAUGUGACCGUCAGAACUAAAGCAGGUGAAGAGUAUGCUGUUGAAACUGUCAUUGAAGCACCACAGUUCUGCUGGAAUCUGACAACAAACCUCGGCAGAGUCUUCCUUCAUGGUUCUCUUAACAUCAACUUGGACAUACCUUGUGGUGGGGACUCCUUGUUUGACUUCCAUGUCCAGUACAACAUUACUAAAAACCCUAUUGGUAUUUCAUGUGAAUUAAGUGCCGUGGAAUACGGAUCCCUCUUCAAGUUUAACACCACAGGAAAUCUAUCAAGUAAAAGAGGUGAACUCAAAAUUGAGACUGAGGCUUAUCCCCAACACAGCUUUGGCUUGGAAGUGGCCUACCAGGUGCAGGAACAGUAUAACCUGAAGCUGCUUGCCUACAGUCCUCCCUCAAAUGAGACUUACUUCACCUUUGAGACUCUUCUCUCACCCUCCAAGGCAGAGCUAACCUUCAAGCUGUCAGAGGAUCAGUCUCUCCUCCUCAAAGCAAACUAUGACUACCAGGACCAGCCUCUGAAGCUCAACGUCACCCUUGCCAACUCCCUCUUUGGCCAGGAACUGACUGCAAACAUGGCUGGGCAAUCCACGUUGGGGAGCGAGGAAGGAAAUGUUGAAAUGAGUUUCUCUUCAAAUACAAUAUUUUCUUACCUAAACGUAUCCACAUCUUAUAGUUUCUCCGAGGAGUUGGAAGACAUGACCUUCAAGAUUUUGACACCUAAAGGAGAUGCAGAUGGAGAGAUAAGAGUUCUGAAAGACAAAGGUUUUUACAAGAUCGAGGCUGACAUGACUUCUGGCCUCCAUAGCUUUGACAAGUAUAGUUUGAAGGUGAGUCAGACCACCGAGGACAACGUGGAAAAGCUGGAGGCCACGCUUGCCCAAGGGGAGUAUGAGUACCGGCUGACUGGGCUGAGAAACACCACAGAGAAGGGGACUGAGGCCAACCUUAAUGUUUCCUUGCCAUUUGAGGGUUAUGAACACAUCAACUUGUACUCUGUUCAGCCAAAGCAAUAUUCAUCAGGCAAAUACCUAAUCAGGUUAAGUUUGGAAUCUCAGGGCGAGGUCAAUACAGUGGAAGCCAAGCAUGACCCUGACAGCUCUUUGUACCAGUUGGUCUUUAAUGAGACAGAUUCAGGAGGUGAGUAUGUCUACACCCUCAGAUUCAACGAUUACCCUUCUUUCAAGUAUCAAAUAGAGGUUGUACUGGAUGGCCCUGAACUAGAGGGAAGCCCCCUCACUCUGCUGCUGAAGUAUCACCAUGACAGCUUGGUCUCUGCCAUGUUCUACAGCCCUAAUGGCCAGCUUGGGGCAGAACUCUCUUGGACUAACACAGGUGAUAAAAUUGUCGCCGCUGGAACUGCUGACCUGACUCUGUGUGACCUCGGAGAGUUUCAUCUGGACACGACUAUUCCCUUGGUGGCCUCUGAAAAACUUGAAACCAGGCUGGCGUGUGUCUUCCCGGAGGUGGAGGUGGAGGUGCGCCUCCACUCAGGGGACUACCUCAGGACCGGGGGCGUCGGACUCACUCUGAAGGACAGUGAACAGCACAAGGACUACAGCCUCAUCUAUGACUUCACGGACUCUCUGGUGCUGCAAGGUCAGUUUGACCAGUGGAAUCUGAACACAACGCUGGCCCUGAAGGGAACACAACACGCAGCCUCUGCAGGAACCUUGGAAGUGAGAUCAAACCUCCCGGGCUACGAAACCAUCGACGGCACCUGGGAUAUGGGUCAGAGGAACUGGGAGUACUUCUGUAGGGCGAACCUGGAGGUGAAGCACCAGGAGGUGUUGUCCGUCAGUGCCACCCUGGACACCCUGAGCGAAGGAGCUUAUCAGCCGUGGCAAAACAUGCGCCUGACCAUGCUGCUGGAGUCCCCCUUCACCCUCCCUCACCACCUGCACGCUGAGUACCAGACCUCCAUGCCCAAGCUGCUGCUCUACUACCAGCACGGCCUUGACACCUUCAAGAUGCAGCUGGACACUUCCUUUGGGAGGAACUCGGCCUCACUCACACUCACUGGAAACAUCCCCGUCAGAGGUAUUUCAACCUUUGAUGUCAGUCUUGACUACAACUUUGAGAAUGCCUUCAGUAUGAGUGUUGUCAUGAAGGUGGAGGACUCCACUCUGGAGCACAAGUUUGACUUUUCCCCUGACUGGAGGGUUGGCUCCAUGCAGAUGUCCCUGACCUCCCCCUUCCUGCAGCCAGGCAAGCUUCAGUUCAGCUGGUCGCUUGUUCAAAAUGCAGUCAAUUUAAAAGGAUUCUUCAUCUUGGGAGAACAUUCUGGAAAAAUUAGGAUUUCGUUAAAGAACACCAGGUCGUCCGCUGAGUUUGAGUGUCACGUAACAUCUUCCCUGGAGGAGCUGUCUCAGUUUAUUGUCAACUUGUCCUACAAGGCGUCCGGCAGCAACAACUUUGAUGCGUCCAUCGCUGCAAAGCUGAACAACAACGGCGUGCUGAUGAAGUCCUUCCUCGACACUAAGGGCGGGAAACUAUUGUUGAAAUUCCAAGGAACCUUUGAAAUUCUGGGCAACCGCGGCUCACUGGACCUGGACGUGGGGCCGAGCGGGGACGGGUACAGUGGGUCAGCCUUGGGCCAGCUUCCCGGGUACAAGAAGUUCUCUGCUGUCCUGUACUUUGACUCCUACCAGCUGAGCCUCAAGUCCAUGUACGACUCUCAAGAAUUGUUCGUAGUCAGCAUCACUUACAGCAAGACAAGGGUACACUUUUUCUGGACAGAUCACUAUUCCUUCACCCUGACCACUGAACACGUCUCAAAGGGCAUAAAGCAGCUGUUAACCAUGACGUUUACUGGCUUUGGCGUUGAGCCCAUCACCCUGGAGGCAAGUUACACCAAGAAACGCAACCAUCAAGUGGACCUGAGCCUCACCUCCUCCCUCCUGCCUCCCUCCACCCUCAAGAUUGCAUACUCGGGGAACAAAAUCACUGUGCGGGCCACCAUGGGAGACAAGACUUACCUCAUGACUGGACAAGCCACCUUCAGGAGCCUCCAGUCCAGUUUCAGUGUUCGUUUUGAGUCUUCAGACCGACCCAAUGACCCCGUCAUCCUGCAGGCUGAAUACGACCUCACAGAUUUCAUCCGUGGGAGGAUGAUAGCUGCCACGGAGCUCGCCCAGAUCAUGCUUGAUUGGGGAGAAAAGGUUCAGGUGAUCGUGAGCGGUCAGCGCAAUGGUGAGAUGGCCAAGAUUGACCUCAAGGUGGAGACGCCACUGGAGAGCCUCCCGCGCCUUCACACCGGCUUCCAUGGAGAAUUUUUCCAUAAGGGACUGAUUGGAUUCAACUGCACUGCGUUCGUGGAGUGGUCCGAGAGAGUUGAGGUGACUGCCAUCGCCAAGCUGACCCGGGCCGAUGUGGACGUGGAGUGCACACUGACGACCUCCUUCCCGUCGCUGGAGAAGCUGUCCACCUCCUUCAGGUUUGAGCCGGGCCAGGUGCAGCUCACGGCACAACACAACGCUGACACCUGGAAGGCAGUUUGGGAGUAUCAGUUUACUCCAUUUUCAAUAACUUGUUUACUUGAGACUCCCAUUGAGAAUUUAGAGAAGAUAUCCCUUUCCCUGGCUGUGGAUGCUGGUGAUGAAGAGGUGAGGGCACAGUUUGCAUUGUCAUGGGCCAAGGAUCAAAGGGUGAGCAUAGAUCUUGAGGCCAGGAGGUGGCAGCUGGAAAUAAGUUUCCGGACCCCUUGGGAACCUCUGACCUCAGGCACCUUCAUGGCCUCGCUGAGGACUGAAAGUGAGGAGCUGACCCUGUCCAGCGCCCUGCGGCUAGAUGACCACAAAGUGGAGGUCACUUUUGUCCUCCUCUCCACAAACUUCAAAUUCUCUGCCACCUACAGCAAGAACCUGCUCACGGUGGGCCUGGCCAAGCUUGAGUAUACCCAGGGAGAUGAAAACAUGAAGAUUUUGCUUCAAGUACAGACUCCAUAUGAAGGUUUUAAAUUCCUUGAAUCAUCACUCAAGUAUGGUGGGAAUAAGGUGUCAUUCAUCUUCAUAAUAAAUGAGACUGUGAAUUCAGUUGAGGGUGUUUUUUCCGGAGAUGGAGGAGAGUUUACAGCUAACUUUCCUCUGCUUAACAACUUCAGGCUGUCCAUGAAGUCAGAGAGAGCCUGGCUGAAGGCUGAAGCCAGCCUUACCUUCAGCAUUGCAGGGACGCCUGAGCCACUGACAGCAUCUCUCAGCUACAACGCUGAGCCUCAGACCAGUCCACUCAGCUUUACACUCAAGGUUGUUUUUGAUGAAGAGUUAAUGUCUGUAGAUGUUCAGUUUGAUGAAGGACUCUCUCUCAUGGCAAGGUUCAUGAAGUACAGCCUGGACCUGCGUGUGGGGGGCUCCGGGGCAGGGGCUGAGGCUGCCAUGAAGCUGGAGGCUCCGGACCUUGGCUUGGAGUCAGUGGAGAUAGAGAGUGCCCUUGGACUAGACACAGAUCCUUUUGAGGUGGACUUUACCCUCAGUGUCUUGGUGAAGCAUUUUGGCAAAGAGUCGCUCCUCUAUAAGAUACGGAGCACUGGUGCUGUAGAGGAAGACCAAGUUCUGUUAACGUCCAAGAUUGAAGGCAGUGACACGCCAACGUACAGGGUUGUUAUAAGAAGCCCGCUGGAUGCCUUGGGGCUGCAGAUUGUGGUGAAAGGAGAUGACACUGAGUUGUUUUCUUUGCUGUACAGCAGCGGCGCUCAGACUGAUCUGUUCCUUCCGCAGAAGUUUGUGUUCCAGGCACGUCCGUGGGAGGUUGAGGGUCAGCUGCUGGUCACGUACACCUCCCUCACUGCCUCCCUCACCCUCCCACAGCCUUCCGGGGAACACACCCUCACUGUGCUGUGGCCAGACAGAUUCAGUCUUCAAGAAAUUGAGAUCAGCACAGAGCUUAGGUCUUCUUACAUACCUCAAGAUGUCCUACAAUUAGCAAUCACUUAUAAACUUCCUGAAGCCUCCAAGGGAAAGAUGGAAGUUGGCAUAGUGUUCGGGGAUGAAGAAUUGCAUGCUCACGGAGAUUACCAUUACAACGAGAGACUUCAAACUUUCACAGCCAAAUUCCAACUGACGUCAAACUGGGUGGGCAACUACUCCCUCCAGACAAGUGCCCAGUGGAGGAGGAACAUCGUGGCGUCGGCUUCUCUGCGGGCACCGGGGGAGGAGCACUCUCUCAGUCUCUACAUUGAUACCAUAAACUCUGCCAUAGAGCUGAAACUGACUUCCCCCCAGCUGCCUGCCAGGGAAAUAACCUUCACCGGAGAGCUGAGCAGUCCCCUGAACUGGUCUGCCAUGGCUCUCACCAGCAGACUCCAAGCAGCUGAUGAAGAGGUUCAGUUUGAGGUUCGAUUUGAGAGUGAGGAAACACACAUGAAUUCCAAUGUCCUGUUGAGGAGAAACAGUCGGGACAUAUUUUCUCUGUCUCUGGAAAUGUACGAAGAUGUUGCCAGAACUGACUUUGACUUAUCCAUAAACCUCUUGUUAGAAGGCCUGGAGAACAGUAUUCAUGUGCGGUAUUACAACGCAGACUGGGGAAGGUACUUCUCCGGAACACUGGACUCCCAUAUGUUGACAGAAACAGUCAAACUCAUAGUCAUCAACUCACACUCACAGGGUGAUUUGCAGAACAUUGAGCUCAGUGGCCCUGACUUUGAGUUCCUAAUAGAGUCUCAUGCUAGCAACAAGUUUUAUAGGAUAGAAACAAAAUUGGGCUACGAUAGACUUAAGUUCACUGUGUUGAGUGACCUUUUUGAGGGAAAACACUUCCGUAUCAAUCUGUCAAGCACGUUUAUCAGCUUUGAAAGUUUGUCCCUUUUUGCCCGUUGGAAGGAACUUGACAAAACGGCGAUGAAGGCAGAAUACUCAGGGAAUGGCCAAGCGAUCAAAUUCAGAGGUGACGGCAUGCUGGACGAUGUGUUUGGGUACAGCAUCAGUGCUGUUUUGGUCACCUCGAUUGAGGGUUACGAAAGGUUCGCCUUGUUCACUCCUCGGCACAAGAGCGGUGAAUACUCUAAAGCUCUGCUGGAAUACCCUGGGACCAAAGUUGGAGCAGAAAUGAACUUGAACUACCAGGAUAUUACUGAGAGUGACUUUGCCAUCAGUUUAUACUUACCAUACGAAGAAUUUGAUAUUGUCUCAGUGAAGUACAUAAUGGAUCUUUCCAACUGCAUCGAGAUUGAAGCAAGAACAGGCAAGGUUGGCCUGACUCUGGCAUCAUUUAUUGAACCCCUGGACAGUGGGAUGUUCCUAAAGAGCAUUGUGGGAGUGAAUGAGUACAGAGGAAAGACUGCCAUCUAUUUUUCAUGGGCUUUGCCUAAGCGAGCGCGGGCCAGAUACACAUAUGUAUUUGAGCCAAGAGAACUAGCAGAGCGACACUCACUCCACGCAGAAGUGCUCUGCGACCUCAGUGACAGGGUUUUCUUCACGGCCGGAGACAACACUGAGGAGCUGGUGACGGUGCACGCCGCCUGGGGCGCCGACAAGAUCCUCACCCUUGUCACGCCCAAGACCUUGCCAGGCUAUAUUCACCUAAACCUUGAGUGCAGCACCACGAGGGAUGACUACCGCUUUGAACUUGGGCUCCCGACCGCAGACUGGGGAGCCUGGACGGUGUAUGGGGCACAGCUCCACCAGGAGGUGUUGCUUGGGGGGCGCCACCUUGCCCUCCUGGGUCAUGCUGGGGAGUACUCGGCCAGUGUUGAAGGAACCUUGUCGGUGAAUUCCUGCCACUUCAACAACAGUCUUGUGCUCUCUGUCAACCAGGACAGGCUGGGGUACAGAGCGCUGCUGCUGAGCCAGCCGGCUCUUUUCAGCAGGACGUUCACAAGUGAUUUUCAGCUUUUGUUGCGCAACAGAACGUUGCUCUACCACACGGAUGCAACAGCCUCUCCCAUUAGCUUGGAUUUGAUCUCUAACUUUACAUGGAAUAAAAUGGACAUGGAUAUGCCACCAAUAACCUUCAAGCUGAACUAUGAUGAUGAUACAUUCUUCUUUGUAAGUGGUACAAAAUACUUCAGUGCUGUGCUGACCCACCCGGACAUCAAGGACAUCAGACUCCAAGCCAACCUGACCCGCAGCCUCAACUCCUCCCUGCACGGCGUGGCAGAACUUGUUGACGACAACUCCCCCGAGAUGAAGGUGGUGGCCACGCUGCAGGCCCAGCCAGCGAGGCAGGACGGGGAGCAGACCGUGAGCCUCAGCCUGUCCCAGCCAGCCUCCAACCUAAGCCUGCUGGUGGGGGCCCAGCUGAGGCAGUCCGCCUCCCUCAGCGAGGCCCAGUGCCACCUCCAGUACUACAGCCUGGCCUCGGAGGACUGGCAGCGCCUCAACCUCUCGGCCAGCCUGGAGGCCGAGGGCGGCAGGCGCGUGGUGACAGUGGCCGCCGCGGCCCCGGAGGGGGGCUGGGGCCGCACCUGGAGGGGGGCGGUGGAGGGGCGGCCGGAGGAGGCGUCCGUCCUGGUGGAGGGAAGCUCCGACGGGCCCGGCGCCGCCUGGAGGCUGGGUGCCACCGUCAGGAGGCGGCUGCCGGAGCUGCACGUGUACCUGAGCCUUGGCAGCCAGCAGGAGGUGCAGCAGCAGGCCAGGCUCAGGCUGGGUCUGCACAGCCCCGUGGAGGCCGGGGCCGCCCUGGACCACUUCACCUUUGGCCAGUGGCACCGAGACUCAGCAGCCCUCGGCCUCAGACUCACCUCGCCUCACGUGCUCCAGGCCUUCAUGGAGUUUGACCCCUCCCUGGACUAUGAGGACCUCCAGGAUUGGGCUUACCUGUUUUCUCCGGCCGCUGAGGUGGCUGACAUCUGGGGCAGAGAUGUGCUGGCAGCCACACAGGGUCUCCAGCAGUGGGCAGCAGCAGAGGUUCCUGCAGCUCUGGGAGUGUUGUUCAGCAAUGAGACCGUUGACACAGUGUGGCAGAGGGAAGCAAGCAACUGGGACUACUUUUUGAAGGAUGUGGAGGACUCCUACCAGGGGAUUCUACAGUCUGCCACAACUCUGUGGGAGAGUGUCCUGCUGCCUGCCCUGGAGGCAGUGAAAGACUUUGCGCUAAGAAUAUACACAGAGAUGUUGACUCAACUGGCCGACCUGAAAGACAGGGUCCAGCAUGCCCAGAAGGUAGUCGGGCUGUGGCUGUGGGACGCCUGGCAGUCUCUGAAAAGUCAGUCAGUUCUCCAGGAAGCAGUUGUGAGAGACUGGGUGUCCCAAAGCUCGGCCAAUCUUGGCCAAUCUGCUUCAACUUUCUGGAGUGACCUCCUUCAGCAGGCCACCUGGCUCAGGGAGCAGGUGAGCACCAGUGUGACCACCUUCCUGGAGGAGUCCAAGAGCUACAUCACCACGCUGGGACAGACAGUGGAGGCUGCCCUGAGCAGUGCCUUCCAGACCAUCCAGCCACACUUUGAGGGGCUGGCUCAGGCCUUCCAGAGUUAUGGCAGCGAAGUGUUGGCAGAGUUCACAGGACCCUGCUGGAUGGCCCUCACAGACAAGGGGAACAGUCUUGCUGCACUGGCCCAGGGCGUGGACGGCGGCACAAGAGUGCUGACAGAGUUCCUUCAGACCGAAAAGUUCUCUGCAUUCUUUGUGGAAGCAGGAACUUGGCUGCAGGAGAAAGCGUCUGCAGUGUGGAGCAGCCUUGAAGCAAGCAUGGCUAAGGCAAGCCAGAGUCUCCCUCAAGCUCUGAGCUCCUGGAGUCCCCCGCUCAGCGAGUCCUUCAGCCAGGCUUGGGACACCCUCAGCCGCCUGGCUGACCGAGUGUCUGUGGAGGGACUCUUCCCACUGGUGGAGAGCCUGAGUGUUGACCUGCGGGAGAAGGUGAGCCACCUUCCAGGGCUGGUGAGGGACAGCAUUGAGCCUGUACAUGACUACCUCAACCAGUUCAGUGCCUUCAAGAGCCUUGAUGGUGCGCUGAGAGGCAUCUACCAGCAGGGCGAGGCGUCCUGGGAGGACUGGAGUUCUGGGAAGCGCACCGGCCUGAGCCUCCCAGAGCAGCUGGUCUUCCUGCUGGCUGACGCUGCCCAUGGCUACAUCACCUCCACCAACUACCUCCUUAACCACCUCUAUGUUGCUGAGCCAAGCAGAGGCCAUGUCCACUACAACCAGUACCUUCCUCCUCACUGGGACAGCUUCCUGGAGCUUCCUCAGUGGAGCUUUCCAUCCCAUCUUUUCCAGAAGGAAUCAGCAGCCAGGGAGGCUGAGCGGCUGAUGGCUGCAGCCUAUCCAGAUCCCAACCUGGUGGACGCCCUCCUUCCGUUCCACACCGCCACAGCUGUCAUUGCAGGCCAGCACGUGACCUCCUUUGACCUGCGACACUACCAGUUCUUGGGGUCCUGCUCCUACCUGCUGGCCAAGGAUUUCGAGGGCGGGGACUUUGAGGUGUUUGGCGAAUACGAGUCUGAGGCCGGAGCAACAAGGCUCAAGUCUGUGGUGGUUCACGGCCCCAGCCUUGACGUGACCCUGAGUGUGGACGGCAGCGUCACCUCCCGAAGGCUGUCUGGGGCAGAGAUACACAACAGCACUGAGCACAGCGCCCUCAAGAUGCCUGACCUGUUCCUGAGCUGCCACCGGGCGCUGCGUGGCUGUUCCCUCACUGUCUCCAGCAAAUACUUUGGCAGACUUGGCGGUCUUUUGGGCAACUACAACGGUGAGGCGUCUGAUGACCUGCGUGGCCCAGGCUUGCAGGUGGUGCAGGAUGCCGCCCAACUGGCCACCCAUUGGGCCAUCUCCCCCACACCCUGCUACCAGGCAAACCAGGCACACCUAGUCAAGGAUUACAGUGAUGUUGAGGAAGCCGGCGUGAGAGAAUGCUCGCAGCUGUUCCUGUACAGCAACAGUCCCUUCAGUGAGUGUUUCCAGGCCGUUGACCCACACCCAUACUUCACACACUGCAUUGAGGGCCGCACCCACCCUGCCUUCACCAAGAAGGAACUGAAUGCUCCGUGCACGGCUGUGGCGGCCUACCGCAAUCAGUGCUGGGCCAGGGAGAGACACUUGCCCAACCUGGAGAAGUGUCAGAAUGUGAGCACCACAGGCUGUACGGUUGAGGGCAAGGAGGUGCCCUACGGGUGGAGCCAAGUGUACGAGGAGACCUCUCACGGCUCAGCUGACGUGGCUGUCAUCGUGGAGCUGGCCAAGUGUAAUGCUGGCAGGGAGAUGACUGCUCUCCUGGACCACCUUGAAAGGCAGCUUGGAAGGAAGAAUAUAAAUGACGUCCGCUAUGCAGUUGUUGCCGCUGGAGAAAAUAAAACUGUUACCAAGGCUUCCCUGAGUAAGAGAGAUGCUGAAACUUUCCUCAGCAGUCUAACUUUCAAUGAAGCAACAAGCAUGGAAGACACAGAAGCCGUGGUUGCUGCAGCAGCCUCAGAGAUAGAGUGGCGGCCUGGAGUGUCUCGCUCCAUCGUGCAUGUGGGCUGCCAGGCGUGUGUGCACAGUGACAGGGCGUCCCGGGCGCUGCACCAGAACGAUGUGACGUACCACCUGGUGUCCAGCCUGGAGGUGGAGAUGUCCGGUACCAGGGAGACAGCUCAGGCCAGGAUGCGCAAACUGUUUGGCUUUGAUGAGAACCUUGUUUAUGUACCUGGAGAUUUCAAGGCUUUCCGAGGCAGUGAAAAAUUGCGUCUGGCCCUGAGAGCCCCCAAGGGAGGCUGUGUGACAACUGCACUGUCCACUGGAGGCUCAGUUUUUGACAGAGAAAAGUGGACUCCAAGGAAAGCUAUACAAUCAAGGAAGUUCUUAAGUGUUCUUGGUGAGCGUGUGGCAGUGUCCAGUUCCUCACCCAAGUGCCAGGAGUGUCAGUGCCUCAAAGGAGACACGAGGAUGGCACCAACCUGCUUCAAGUGUUUUGGCAACUCUGUAUUUUUUGUAACAUACUCGGACACCGUCGCUAAAGAUCUAAUGAAGGACACCGGCAGCAUAACUCAAGACAUUAAAAGAAGUUUUCAAGAAGUCUUCUUAGAAAGGAACAACAGCACAGUGCCAAGGAUAUUGUGAUGUCUAUAUUCGUUUAUCUAAUGUAAGUUUAUCAAUUUUUUUCAUAUUUAUCAGUUUAUGAAGAUGAAAAGGUACAUUAGCACACACUUAGUAGUACUUGUUACUCACAUAUUAAAUUUGCAUUCAGUCAGUUAUUUCAGUAUUAAUUGGAGAACUGUAUAAAAAUGAAAACACACAAUAAUCCAUGGUUUUGUAUUUAAGAUUUAAUGUAAUAUAAGUGACUUAGCAUGAUGUGUUGUUGUCUAGGUUAGGUAAUUGUUUCUCAUUAGCAAGUUGCAAAGUAUUCAUUGUUGGAUGGGAGAUGGAGCGGUUCACCAGGCAGCACCGGCCGAGGGCACAGGUUUGGCAAGGCUCUCGGAGGGCACAAAUGGUGACCAGUAUAGCAGAGAACAAACACUGUUGAAUCAGGGAACAUGUGUGUGUGUGUGUGUGUGUGUGUGUGUGUGUGUGUGUGUGUGUGUGUGUGUGUAUUUACCUAGUUGUUUUUACCUAGUUGUGACAUACGGGAAAAGAGCUACACUCACGCUGUCCUGUCUCCAUAUCCUCUCUUAUCCAACUUUUCCUUAAACUCAUGAAUGUUUCUUGCACAAACCACCACCUCCUCCAGUCCAUUCCAUAGCUCACUACUUUUGUUUGGGAAGCUAAACUUUUUCACACUUUCAAUUGUGUGUGUGUGUGUGUGUGUGUGUGUGUGUCAGUGUGUGUGUACUGUGAGGUAAUUGCUGCCAGUGACGUAGAAAUGUAUUUCAUUGUACUUGUGUUUUUUAAUUAAGAUUAAAAUAAAAAGAACAAUAUAAAAACAAGCUUCAUUGUACUUCAUAUAUUUGAAUUAAGAUUAAUAUCACAAAAAUAUAUCAGAAAGUGUAGAUAUACAAAAGAAUAAAUCUAGAAUGUUCCUUAGGCUUAGAUAUUGUCAGUAACUGCAUAAACCAAGUCAAGUGGUCCCCAUGAAUGUACACAUCUGGUAUUACCUUCACAACAAGUGUAGUAGAGCGAUUACAAUCUGGUAUUACCUGGAAAACAAAUGUAGUAUACGUAUUUAUUACUAUCAAUAGUACUUUACUAAACUUCAGUGAACACAGGCUACACUUAAAACAACAACAAUAAUAAUAAUAAUAAUAAUAAUAAUAAUAAUUAUAAAAAUAAUAAUAAUAAUAAUAAUAAUAGUAAUAAUUUUUUUUAUCAUCAUCACCAUCCUCACCACCACCCCAUUUUCCAUGCUAUACAGGCGGGAACACCGACUGAAGAAGCAGGGAAGUGGCAAGGGAGUAGAAGAGGGAUUACCUGAUUAAAUGGCACACACACACACACACACGCACACACACACACGACUCCCUGGGUUGCGAUUUGAAUCCAGGCCCGCGGAUAUGUAGCUAAGUGAGCUAACCACUGCACCAUGCAGACUUUAAGUAUAUAGAAAAAUAGUUUUCUACUUAUGUUCACUGAACUGUGGAGCAGCCUGGACAGUGAGAUCAUUCAGACCAAAAACCUACAUGAAUUUAAAGAUAAAUUUUACCUGUUGAGAUUCUGAGAUGAGAAUGUAGCUCAUUUUCCUAAGUAAACAUAGACACACACACAGCCAUCUGAGGUGUGUGUCUUGCUCAGGCCAAAAGUUUUUUUGCUGACAGCAGCAGCCCUGUCCUGCCCUGAGCAAGAGGAAUGGGAGGGUGUGGUGAGUGAGUCUCCAGUCAUGCCCACAGACUGAUCACUAUAUAGCUAUAAGCUCUUUCUGGGAGGGCACUGGCUGGUGAUCACAAGUCCAGCACAGGAUCAGACCAUGGGUCACACACACACACACACACACACACACACACACACACGCACA